AUGGCUGCAUUUCGUGAUACAUACUCAAAGUUACAUGAAAUGAGGGCACUUGCUCCAUCAGUUAAAAUGAUAGCUCUCACAGCAACUUCAACACAACACACCCGGAAGAUAAUCAUGGAUGUUUUGCUGAUGGAAAACCCAUAUAUAGUAUAUGAAAGCCAUAACAAGCCAAAUAUUGCAUACUCUGUAUGCUACAUGCCAAAAGGUACAUCUAUUGAUAAGUACUUUGCAUGGUUAUGUGAUGAACUGAAAUUGUUGGGGAUUUCUACCACCCGUACUAUCAUAUACUGCCAGACAAUCAAACAAUGCAGUCUAGUCUACAGUACAUUUAAAGCAAUGCUGGGUAUUAACUUAUUCAUUGGAGAAUCACAUGAAAUAGGAAUGUUUUGGUUGAGAUGAUGCAUUCCUGCACUCCAGAAGCCAAUAAAGCUUGUAUUCUAGAUGCUUUUCAAAAUGAUAAAUCUGAAAUACGUGUUCUGGUAGCAACUAUUGCUUUUGGGAUGGGCAUUAAUUGCAAGGGGGUGUACCGAACUAUUCAUUGUGGCCCAUCAAAAAAUGUUGAAUCAUUUAUCCAAGAAACUGGCCGGGAAGGAAGAGAUGGUGGGCAGAGUGUUUCAUUUGUUUUAUACCAAGGUUUGAUGCUUAAUGAUGUGGACAAAUACAUGAAACAAUAUGUCAAAACGGAUUGCUGUAGACGAAGUUAUUUACUUUUCAAAACUUUGAUCUUUGUUCAAAUGUCGAAACCCCUAUGCCACAACAUUUGUGCUGUGACAAUUGUGCAUGUGGAACAUCUGAAUGUGGUCAAAUUUCCCUACAGUGAUGAGGAAGAAACUGUAACACCUGUUGGGACAAGGACAGUAUCAGACAAACAGCAAAACGAAAUUUUGUCAUUGCUUGAAUCUUACCAUAAAUUAGCAUUAAAGGAUCUAAUACGGAAAAGUGGGCUUAUUGGCCUUUCAACUUCCAGUAUAAAAUUUUUGCUUGGUUUUUCUGAGUUACAAAUUAGUCAAGUAUUGGAAAACUGCGACAAAUUGUUUUCUCUUGAUGAUGUCGUAAAAUAUGUGGAAAUAUGGGACAUUAGACAUACCCACAAGAUUAUGGAUAUUAUUAAUCGAACAUUUGGUGAUGGGUGCAAUAUACAAUUGGAUGAAACAUGUGAAGAGUCAGAUGACAGUGAUGAUGAUUACCUUGACAUUCCUGAAGAAUGGAACAUAUUAUUAAAUGAUGACUUGCUUGACCUAGCAGUAGACAACCUAUCCUCUUUUUGA